ACCCGAUUUAAGCCCAAUAUGUCCGGUCUGAAAGGUUCAAUUCCGCCUUCCGGUCCCUCUGCUUUCCUCUAAAACCCCUCAAAUUCCCAAUUCUUCAACAGCUAAACCCCUCUUCACUGCACAAUCUGAUACCUUCGCGGAUAGAAUGGGUUGGAAGGCAGCACAAAAGCUCAUUCAUCACUGGAAGGUCCUUAGAGGUGAUAAUGUUAUGAUAAUCAGAGGAAAAGAUAGGGGCGAGACUGGUACUGUUAAGCGUGUAAUUCGCUCUCAAAAUCGUGUUAUUGUUGAGGGCAAGAAUUUGGUCAAGAAGCAUAUCAAGCAAGGGCAAGGUCAUGAAGGCGGGAUUUUCUCAGUAGAAGCCCCCCUUCAUGUCUCAAAUGUUCAGGUUCUAGAUCCAGUCACAGGGAAGCCCUGCAAGGUUGGGAUUAAAUACUUAGAAGAUGGCACCAAAGUACGAGUAUCUAGAGGUAUUGGAGCAUCAGGAUCCAUAAUUCCCCGUCCCGAGAUCUUAAAGAUAAGGAGCACACCUAGACCAACUACUCUUGGUCCCAAGGACACUCCAAUGGAGUUUGUUCUAGAGAAGACUUAUGAUGCUAAAACUGGUAUGGGAAUGCCAGAUCUUUAAGCAUCUACCUUGUCAAAGGAACGGGAGCUGCUGGACCAUGGUUUUCCGGGUUGCUGUUCCUUACUGUUAGCGUCGCUAUUCCUGUUGUGUUUGUGGGUUGGAGCAUAACUUCGUGGGGAUUUGUCACAUUCUUCAGCAUCCAUUUUGAGGGUCAACUUGCUACUUUCUCAGUGAAAUUGGCAAUUUUAUGAGUUUAUGGAAUGUUGAUCUUACUUUUAUGACGCCGACUCUGUUUUCAGGUGAGAAUGCUUAUUAUAAAAUUAAGAACACAUAGGCGAGAGGUUUCCAAGUGCUUAAA